CUUAACCGACUGAGCCACCCAGGCGCCCCAGCCACAUAUUUUAAAAACACCUUAAAAUUGAGCUGCUUUUACACAAGACUAAUGUUCUCGGUGCUGACUCUAGGGGCACCUUACUGUGUCUCUAAGUAAUAAAAUACAUGCUUUGGGAGGCCUUGGGCUGGCUUCAGGGGGACAAAAAUGGCUAUGGCCAGCGAUUUCUACCGGCGCUACUAUGUAGGGCACAAGUGCAAGUUUGGACACAAGUUUCUGGAGUUCGAGUUUCGGCCAGACGGAAAGCUAAGAUAUGCCAACAACAGCAAUUACAAAAAUGAUGUCAUGAUCAGAAAGGAGGCUUAUGUGCACAAGAGUGUAAUGGAGGAACUGAAGAGGAUUAUUGACGACAGUGAAAUUACAAAAGAAGAUGAUGCGUUGUGGCCUCCCCCUGACAGAGUUGGCCGACAGGAGCUUGAAAUUGUAAUUGGAGAUGAACAUAUUUCUUUUACAACAUCGAAAAUAGGUUCUCUUAUUGAUGUAAAUCAGUCAAAGGAUCCUGAAGGCCUUUGAGUAUUUUACUAUUUAGUACAGGACCUGAAAUGUUUAGUUUUUAGUCUUAUUGGAUUACGUUUCAAGAUUAAACCAAUCUAAAUUGUAAAAAAAAAAAAAAAAAAAAAUGCUUUGGCAUCUGUCAGUGUUGAAGUUCAAGUUUAUAACCAAAACUAGGGCCAAAAUCAUCAUAGCUAAAGCUUUAAGAUGUUUUCUUGCUUUUUACAAUCUCAAGCAAAAAACAGUAAUAAUCUUAAUUUUAAUAAGUACCAUUUCCCAGAUAAUUUUAUAAGUAAGUCCUCUUUGGUACUAGCUUUUCUUACUUCCAGGUAAUUAAAAUCGUUAAAAGCUUGAAAUAAGUACCAAACAUGGUUGUUUACUAGGAGCCUAUUAUCAGUAUCUGAAAGUAAUGGAAACUGAAGGGCCAGGUUAAAAAUAUAAGUGAAAUUCAUAGAUGAUCUAAAGAUCACAUUUUAGUAAUUGUUUCAAUUUCCUUCCCCCUCCAACAGUACAUUUAGCUAGCUAGAAUUUUCCAUUUCUAUUUUAAUAGGAGACCCCGGUGAAGCAAUCACAUUUUUGAACUCUUUUUACAGAAUUUUUAAAAAAUUCACAGGAUUUACAGAAUCUGUAAGAGAAAAAAAGUUUUGCUUUGAAAAAUUCACAAAAUACAAUGUCUCCAGGAAUGUGUAACAGUUGACCCUUGAACAAUGUGAGGGUGGUGGUUAAGGAUGUCAACCACGCGCCCCCCCCUGCACAGUGGAAAAUCUGCAUAUAACGACUCCCCAAAAACAGGUUGACCCGAAGCCUGACAACAUAAACAUAAGCAUCAAAUAACACCUUUCGUAUGUUGAAUGCAUUAUAUACUGUAUUCUUACAAUAAAGUAAGCUGGAACAGAAAACAUUACAAAAACCAUGAAAAAAUACAUCUACGGUACUGUAUUUAUUGAAAAAAAUCCACACAUAAGUAGACUCAUGCAGUUCCAACCUGUGUCCAAAGUCAACUAUUUCAAAAAUUAGACAAUAUGGACUAUGUAAUUUCCUUGAGUCCAAGUCAAUAAAACAACUUUCUAAAAAUGGCUCUU